UUUCCACUUGACCGCUGUGGCAGCAGGUGCUGCCUAUGCGAUUCAAGAAUUCGUCGGUCCGAAGUUGUAAUCCUCUAUCAGAAGGAUUGGUCAUUAUAUCUCGAUGAUCGCUCUCCAAACCACAAAGAGUUCCCUGCAAUCAUGAAGGAGCCGGAGGAUAGGGAUAAAUGCACGGACCCUGGUGACCUUCCGUCCAGGUAUGAGCGGCGCCCGAGAGAAACUACAACGGGCAUCGAAGCGCGUCACCACUGUGCAAGAAGACGUUGCGUACUCUUUAUUUGGCAUCUUCGGCAUUACCCUACCUAUCAUUUAUGGCGAGAGGAAGCAGAGCACGCUCGGGUGGCUCCUGCAGGAGAUCGUGGCCCGGUCAGGCGACAUCACUGUCCUCGACUGGAUCGGACAACCUUCCGAGUUCAAUAGCUGUCUUCCAGCUUAUAUCGCCUCUUAUAGCACUACUCCACGCACCCUUUCAUCUUUACGGAGGCGCGGUCUGGCCCAGGAGACUCUCAUCACAUAUGGAAUCAAGGCAGACGGGCCCCAUGGCCUGCUGAUCACCACUCAAGAGACCCUAGAUCAGUUCUCGCGGGAAAAACCCAUUUGGCAGACGUUCUUACCUGUCCGUCCAUGGGAUCGGUAUCUCCUCGGGGUACCUGACUUCGCAGAUGACAUGGAGAGCAUGGAAGGUCGGACAGAGCCUGGGUCCUUGAUGGAUGAGUCUGACGAGUCACCCGGCAGUUCACGUGUUGAAGAGGAGCCGAGCUCACUGGCGUUGCAGUUGCUGGUUCACCCGAGACAACCUUUCGACUAG